AGCAUCCCUAAUAACUACAACUACUACACAUCAUGGCUCCCUCCACCAUUGAGUCGCAGAAUACCAAACCUGAAGCCCCCGCCUUCCCCGAGAAACAGACCGUCCAGCCCCUUGACGCCUCCAAACUGACCUAUACCUAUACUACCAAUCCUCGCGAUGUUCCCGACGAAGCAACAGCCAAUUCCGGCGACGAGACCAUCUGCACCGACCACAUGGUCGUCGCAACCUGGAAAGCCUCCACAGGCUGGUCAGACCCAGAACUGAAGCCCUACGGUCCAUUGAAUCUCAUGCCCACAGCCUCCUGCUUACACUAUGCCACCGAAUGCUUCGAGGGACUCAAGGUAUACCGCGGCUACGACGGUAAGCUCCGGGUCUUCCGCCCAGAUCGCAACGCCGCCCGUCUGAAUAUGUCCGCGAGUCGUAUCUCCCUGCCACAAGCCGAUCCCGACGAGAUAACAAAGCUCAUCUACGCCCUCCUCGAGGUCGAUGGCGCGAAAUGGCUCCCUAAGGAGAGAGCCGGAAGCUUCUUGUACUUGAGACCGACACUCAUCGGCACCCAGCCGACUAUCGGUCUUGUGAAGUCUAAACAGGCGAUCUUGUACAUUAUCUUGAGCUAUAUGCCCCGACAAGAUACUCCGCCUGGUGGAAUGAGGCUUCUAACUUCACCGGAAGAUAUGGUACGUUCUUGGGUGGGUGGAUUCGGCUAUGCCAAGGUUGGUGCGAAUUAUGGGCCGUCGGUACUUGCCACACAAGAUGCUAUGCAACGCGGCUUUCACCAAAUCCUCUGGCUAUACGGUGAUCAGGGUGAGUGUACAGAGGCGGGUGGUAGUAAUUUCUUUGUGGUCUGGCGCCGUAAGGAUGGCAAGAAGGAGAUUAUCACGGCGCCGUUAGAUGACCGUCUCAUUCUGGAUGGUGUUACCCGUCGCAGCUGCUUGGAGCUGGCAAAGGAAAGGCUCUGUGAUGAGUUUGAAGUCACUGAGCGCAAGUACACUAUCGGCGAGCUAAUCGAGGCCGAGGCAGAAGGCCGACUGCUGGAGUCUUUUGCUGCGGGCACAGCGUGGUUUGUUACCCCUGUUUCGGCGAUUCAGCACCGAAAGCAUGAUAUAGCUAUCCCUACAGGACCUGAUGGUGGACCUGGGGAGGUCACUGAUAAGAUCAAGGGCUGGCUGAGCGACAUUAUGUAUGGGCGUACAGAGCAUGAGUGGGGCAUUGUGGUGUCGGAGAGGGAAUAGACGACGGGAUGAUGUUCUUUUU